UCGCGCUUUACGGCCGCAUCGCGGCGGUGUCGCGCGGAGCACCGGGAUCGCCGUCAGGCCGCCAUGGACGCCCGUUUCACGCGCGGCAAGUCGCCGGUGCUGGAGCGCGCGCUGGGCCGGCCCCGCUCCGAGCUGUCGCUGGCCGCCUUCGCGCUGCUCUUCUCGGAGCUGGUGCAGUACUGCCAGCGCCGCGUGGCCUCGGUGGCCGAGCUGCAGGCCCGCCUGGCCCAGCUGGGCCACCACGUGGGCCUGAGAGCCCUGGACGCGCUGGUGGCCCGCGAGAGGCCGGGCAGGCGCGAGACCAAAGUGCUGGGGGUGCUGCUGUUCGUCAAGGGCCCGCUGUGGCGGGCGCUGUUCGGGCGCGAGGCCGACAAGCUGGAGCAGGCCAACGACGACGAGCGCACGUUCUACGUGAUCGAGAGGGAGCCCGUGGUGAACACGUUCGUGUCGGUGCCGCGCGAGAACAGCUCGCUGAACUGCGCCGCCUUCGCCGCCGGGCUGCUGGAGGCCGUGCUGGGCGCCGCCGGCUUCCCCGCCCGCGUCAGCGCCCACUGGCACAAGGGCACCACGCUCAUGAUCAAGUUCGACGAGGCCGUGAUCGCGCGGGACAAGAGCCUGGAGGGACGCUGAGAUUGGGGGGGCAGCAGGACUUGGGGGUGGGAGGGACGGGGACA